UCUUGAACUUGCCCGAAGCGUCUUCGCACGGGUUCAGAAAUGAAAAAGAGCGCCCUUUUCCUGCUCCUCGCGUGCGUCGCGACGGCGAAGUGCGCGGACCCCGACUCAGCCAACGAGAUGGAGUACCGCGAAGGGACCAGAGUGGACCCCAAGUACUCGCUGCCCCAGGUCAAUCUGAGUGCGGGUGGCAACCACACCGUAGUGCCCGCGAGUUUGGCGCGAGUGCUCAAUUUUUACAACACGGAGGUCCUGGCGGCCAACUGGGAGCGGACGAAGGGCUUCGUGGGGGCGGGCUGCCGCAGGGACGUGGAGAUGUACCUACAAGGGCUGCGGAAAAUGGAGAACUGGGCGCUGAAAAUGGACGACGCCAGCGGCCGCUACUCCACAGGCUGGUUCUGGGGCAACCACUACUGGACCGGCUCCCAAUCCCUCUGCGAAAACAUAGUACCCAGAACCAAAUCCAUCAUCGUCCACCCAGAGAACCGGACUCGGGCGUCUCGGGAGGCGGAAGUACCGAGGAGAGCAUCGAGCCCUAGUCAAUCCGUGGGGUACGUCACGGGCCCCAUCAAGUACACGUCGCUGCCUCCUUUCACGGUGUCGUUUUUCAUGAUGAGGCUCGAUUUGAAUUCAAGUUUCACCACAGAAGAAAAAAUCCUCCAUGUUGGUCUCUGCAUGCCCUAUGUGUGCACAGACUCCGACAUUAAAGCCAUAGUUGAAGAAACCUCCAAAUCAUCCACGAAAAUCUCUAUCAAAGUAGAAGCUGUGAGGUCGCACCACAACCGAUUCAACAUCUGGAAGGACCAAACUUUCAUCAUCCUAUGUGGUGUCACUUCAGUCGUUGUCGUUUUUCUAAUCCUCGGUACUUCCUACGACUUCUACUUAGAACACAACGAAAAACGCAAAAAACUUCUAUCUAUAACCCCGAAUCACCUAAAACUGGAUAUGAGCAUGCCAGACACCAAAACCAAAAAUGGCAUGUACAUAGUCAACAACAACAAUCGACCAAAUCGCGAUGAACCCGAAAGUGGCACCAAACACAACUCCAGACCACGAACCACCAAAGCUAUAAUCAAACUAAUCAUCAAAGAAAGCAUUCUUGCGUUUUCUUUAAGGGCGAAUAUUCGGACGAUUUGUGACCAGUCUGUCAGUAGCGACACGAUCCCGGUGAUCCAUGGCCUGAAAUCCAUUAGUAUGGCGUGGGUGAUUUUGGGGCACACUUGCAUCAUCGCGUUCAAGUAUUCAGACAACAUGGAGUACAGGAAAGUCGUACAAAAGGAGUUCUUUUUUCAAACUAUCACCAACGGGGCGUUCAGUGUAGACACCUUUUUCUUCACUAGUGGGCUUCUAGUGUCGUUUUUGUACUUCCGGACCAACGCAAAAGGCAAACUUGACCCUCUCAGGAUACGUCAGAGCAAUUUCAUGUCAGGGGUCAUGCAUUUCUUCGGAUUGGUGGCCUACAGGUUUGCCAGAUUGACAGCACCGUACUUGUUUACGCUGGGGGUGGUCGAAGUGACUAUGAAGUGGUUCAACUACAACUCGGUGUUUGAACCACCGACGAUGGACCACGUUAACUGUCCCGACUACUGGUGGAGGAACAUUCUUUAUAUUAACACGUUGUUUCCGGUGGAAGAAAUGUGUAUGCUAUGGAGCUGGUACUUGUCAGACGACACCCAAUUCUACAUCGUAGGCGCAGUCAUGCUAAUUUUAGCAGUAAGCCACUUCAAAAGUGGCGCUUGUCUUCUAUUAAUCUUCAUGAUAAGUUCGUGGAUCACCACGGGUUAUAUUGCCUAUAGUAAUAGCCAUAUGCCUGGGUCGGACGACCCGCUAGCCCUCUUUGACAAAAUCUACGACAAACCUUGGACUCGUUUGGGUCCUUACUUAAUCGGAAUGUGCGUCGGGUGGUUCCUUUUCAAGAAAAACUGCCAAUUAAACAUGUCUAAGUUGACAGUGAUUUCCGGGUGGACGGUUUCCAUUGCGUGCUUGUUGGCGCUGGUCUAUGGGUUGUAUGAAGUCAAUUUGUCGCCCAUUGCAGGGGCUGCCUACAGUGCUCUUAGUCACUCGGCGUGGGCAAUGGGACUUGCAUGGGUCGUAGUCGCGUGUUCCACCGGAUAUGGAGGUUUUGCCAACACAAUUCUAUCGUCGACGAUUCUAUAUCCCUUCAGUCGUAUCACCUAUUGUGCCUAUUUGCUACACCCUGUAGUCAUCAGGGUUAUGGCGAUGAGUAUGGACAGUCCGCUACAUCUAGGGAGUUUAGUGAUGAUCAUUAUUUUCCUGGGACAAGUGGUGGCGUCCUAUAGUCUCUCGUUUUUUGUGUCACUGGCGUUCGAAGCCCCCAUGGUUUCGAUGCUUCGAAUAAUGACGAAAGUUGUAGGGACUCCGAAGUAGUAUAGGUGUACAUAACUGACUGUGAAUAUAUUAGUUAUAACCUAGCUUUUAAAUU